AUGCUGGCGGUGGCGCUGCUGGGCGGGGAUCAGUGCCUGGGGCUGGGGUGCGCGGCCCCCGGCCCCGAGCCGCCGCUGUCCCGUUGCAGGGAGCGAACGCCGGGGGAUGGCCGGGCCGGGGCGGGGAAGGCGCAGCAGCGCCUGAAGGAGCGGUACCGGCUGGGCUCGCUGCUGGGCCGGGGCGGAUUCGGCAACGUCUUCGCAGCAACGCGGCUCUCGGACGGCGCCCCGCCCGACGGCACCAGCGCACCCCUGGAGAUUGUCCUGCUGGACAAGGUGUCCAGUGGCUUCUCCGGUGUGGUCCAGCUGCUGGAGUGGGUUGAGCUCCCCAACGACAUCUUGAUGGUGCUGGAGCGGCCGGAGCACUGUCAGGACCUGCACCAUUUCAUUCAAGCACGAGGGUUCCUGCGCGAGGAGGUGGCGCGGCAGCUGUUCCACCAGGUGCUGGAGGCCGUGCGGCACUGCACCAGCUGCGGGGUCCUGCACCGCGACAUCAAACCAGAGAACAUCCUGGUUGACCUGGCCACUGGGCAGGCCAAAUUGAUUGACUUUGGCUGUGGCACCUACCUGCAAGAGACAGCCUACACUCACUUUGCAGGAACACCAUCAUACAGCCCCCCGGAAUGGACCCGCUUUGGCUGGUACCAUGGCGAGCCAGCUACCAUCUGGUCCCUGGGCAUCCUGCUGCAUGAGAUGGUCUGUGGGAAGAUGCCUUUCAGGAGGGGCUGGAACUUCAGCUGGGGCCAGCUCUCACAAGACAGCGAGGAUGACAUCAAGGAUGAUAUGAAGGAUGACAACCUGGCCACCAGCAGUUGA